GGCGAGCCCUUGCUGCAAGACACGUUCCGGGCUGUCGAUGACGUCGUGUGCUCGUCAAUUCCUUCGUGCAUCCAGACCUCGCCCUGCAUAUCACCACGAACACACACUUGACAAAGGUCACGCUGCCAUUCCCAGAACAACGCUCAAGGCGGCCAUACAGACUUUCCGAUAUUUUGCCAGAUACCGGACCGUGCCUAUUUCAGCAAAACUAAACCUACUCACAGCCCGCACACCUUGCAACAGAUUCCCACACACUAUCAGACUACAACAAUCACCUUUUAGACCCUUCUCCACAUCGACCGCCAACAUGUCGUGGAUGGACUCCUGGUCACGUCCGUCAAAGUCACAACCCACCCCUCCCCCACUUUAUCUCACCAUCGGCGACUCAGUACCGUACUGCCACUCAUGCGGCCGCGUGAUUGGUGACCGGAAGAAGACGUCUGGUGCAACAGAAGUCAAGUACUGCUCUGCACGCUGCAGACAUCAAAAGCCCGGGCCUCUAGACCGCAAGAUCGAAUCCACCUUUGCCAAACUGCUCGCGGGCGCGACCCCCGAAUCUAUCAAGGAAGAGCAUGAACGCGCCAAAAUCGAGAAAGCCGAGGGCAAAGACACUGACCGGAAAUCCCUGGAGAAGGAGAAUCAGAAGAAUAACAAUAGCACAGCCUCCGAGGACGAAAACCUCAAGUUCGGCAAGAAGAACAGCAAAGCCUCCCACAAGAAGAAAACCUCUAAGGCCAAAAACACGCCUAAAGGCGACCACAGACUGAUAAUCGACUGCACGGCCGUCGAAGAACUCGUCUUCAACCGCGAAAAGGACCCGGAGAAAGUCUACGGACGGCGAAAGAACCGGCGCGCACGAUACGUCGUCGAGAAGCCCGAGGACUGGAAGAGCGUCGACAUGGUCGACAAGCCCGCCGCCCAGCAUCCAGCUGCAGCAGGACACGACACGGCGUCGAGCGCAGAGGACUACAGCGACUCGGAGCCCGAAGAGGGCGGCAUUGCGCUCGAGAACAGACCUGCAACAGACCUCGAUGGUAAAGAGCUGGGUGACACCGUCGAAUACGGAUUCGGCGGCGGCAAGAUUCGACCGCCACAGGACCAGUCCGAUAUCAACGGCUCGAUUGGCGGAGAGAAGGGGUGGGCGGAGCGGCAGCACGAGACGGAGGAGGCGAAGCAGCGACGUCUCGAGGGGCAGCGGCGCGCGGAUGAGAGGGAGAUGGUGCGCAAGGCGGCGCGGCGGGGCUGCGCUUUUGGCUUCGUAGUUGAUGGGGACGAGGGCGUGAGGGGCGGCGACAAGGGCGAGAGGCGCAAGUGCGAGGCCGUCAUGAAGGGCGCGGUUGUGGAGUCGAGUUUUGCAAAGGGCGAUUGGGCCGUGCGGUGGAGGGAGAAGAUCUGACGUGUUGAACGAGGGACGAAGCUAGCGAGUGUGCAGAAGAUGUGCAAGACGAUAGGUCAACGCGAGGCAUAACGACAGGUAUCAAUAACACAGAGUCC